GCGGGCAUCAAAGCACAGUAUCUUGUUGUUGCAGAUACAAAGGCACAUCAGCUUGUCUCCCCCAUCAACAGGGACCUGCCGUUAUUCCAUUCCUUUGCAGUCCUGGGUGCGUUGGUGUUUAGGGAACAUCGCCGCCAUCAGGCUACAGUGGUUGGAGCAACACCUUUGUGAUGCCUCAGGUGCCAGAUUAUGCGGGUUCUCCGUUAUAUCCAGCAUUCUACAACCCGUUUUACAGAAACACAUCUGUUCCGAGCACAGUGAGAUUCAACUCACAAGUUCGUAAUAUGUCAGACCACGAUCUUCAUGACCCAGCCUCAACUCGACCUGCAUCAGCCGUGGAUGCAAAGAUGUCAACUUCUCGCCCCAGCCCUCUGGCUCCGGCUUCUUCUUCAAUUCCUGGUGUGGCUAAGCCGGUCUCUUGCGAUGGAUAUGAGUCGGAUAUCCCAUGCAUGUCGGGCGCUGCUGUGACUGGGAUGCCGCCUGCGGAACGAACAAUGCUCAGAUCUCCAAGUCUACCUCUUGUUCCUGAUGCUCCCAUGUCGCCCGUGUUGCUGGAAGAACCCGUAAUCUGCCAGCGUAAAUCUACCUACCAUGGUUCUACCCUAGAUGCAGAGGAUGGUCAUAGCGACAACGAUGAAGAUGAUGACAUCUCAGACAUGAUGACUGAGUCUUCCUCAGAGACCAUCGACAAUCUCAGCCAUACAGCAGACGAUGGCAACCUCGAUAUCCUGGACGUAGAGAACGGCAGCGACGGUGUAAUCGACCUCCAAGUCAUGGCCGACCACAAUACUCCCGGAGGACCUGUCUCCCGCGGCAUUGAUGUCAAGAAUAGCCUGCGCAUCGACAAGUCCACCGGCAAAUUCUACCUCGGCCCGCAAUGGCAAGUCCCUUCAGCAGAUGCCGCACGAAUGAAUGCCGGUCCCGAGUUCGGCACCGCUUCCACGUGGACGAUGAGCUCAUAUCACCAAGAAGACGAGGGCAUGAUGGACACCCAGGACGAACGCAGCGCAGAUCCUCAUCUCGCAGAUCACAUGGGAGCCAUCCACCUGGAAGACGUGGACCAAGCUCCUCAUGAUAUGCCAACAGAGACCAGCCCCAACCGCACCGGCCUCACGCACCGCCUACCUCCCAUGCCCAUUGACCUAUCGAUGUCAGGGGCCCGCCAAUCAGGGCCAUCCUUUCACCACAAGAAAUAAUCAGUGA